AUGAUGGCGUCAUCGACGUCAGCCCUUGACCAAAAACUCUAUGGUCUUAAUUACGAUCUACGUCAGGGUCCAGAUUGGGAUCCCAGCAAGUGCAAGCCGGUGGACGCUAUUGCCGCUGAUCUCAAGAUUCUGAGCACCAUCACGUCAAACGUACGUACGUACAGUCUAUCGAACUGUGACGUGUCCGGCGUGCUUAUAGCUGCCAAGGAGCUGUCACUUACCGUUUGGCUCGGUGUCUGGGUUUCGGAGGACCCGAAGGUAUUUGACGCCGAGGUAAAAGCCUUUAAGAAACUCAUUAGCGCUGGCCUUAUCGAUAGCAAUGUUGUGGGUAUGAAUGUCGGGAGUGAGGCUGUGUACCGUGAGGAUAUCACGGCGAAACAGUCUAUCAAGUAUCUGACUGAUUUUAAAAAGGUCAUGGUGGAUAACGAUAUUAACGUGCCUGUCAGCAUCACGGACAUCGUUGACACAUUUGUGCAGUACCCGGAGAUGCUCAAGGCCGGUGACAUUGUAACCAUUAACCAGUUUCCGUAUUGGGAAAAGAUCGAUGCGGACAAGGCUGUGGCUCAGUUCAACAAGCGUAUCCAGCCUCUGCUGAAGAUGGCCGGUGACAUGGAGGUCAUCAUUAGUGAGACGGGUUGGCCCACAGAAGGCAAGGACAAGAAAGGAGCUGUGGCGUCGGAGGAGAAUGCUGCUAUCUACUUGAACGACUUCUACGAGCUGGCCGAAGCCGAGGGAUGGAAGUACUACUACUUUGUCGGGAUCGACACGCCAUACAAAGCGGAGCAGCUAGAUGAGGCCACAACAGUCGAAUCGCAUUUCGGCAUCUUUGACACGACAGGAACCAUGAAGCCGGCGUAUGAGUCUCUCACGUUUACUAAGAACGGAGAAUUGUCAACCUCUGGCAGCUUUGGCGACAACUCCUCGUCAGAUUUAUCGUCUGCGUCGGCCAACAGCGACAUUGUUGCCUCAGACAGCGGUACACCGAGCACUGUCGAUUUAGUCGACACGGACACGUCGACAGACACUCAGCCUUCGUCUUCAAUAGAGCGCAGUGGAUCGUCUCAGGUUGUGGCAGCUAAUCUCGUAGUCUGCUUGAGUGUCGCGUACGCCAUUUUUUGGAGCCUUUUUUCAAAAAUGGAAACCGCCACUACGCAGUCGAAUGGAGCUGAAACGUCUAAUGAAGGGCUCUUGGUGCUCGUGAUCGAUACGAACCCUAUGUACUGGUUUAAACAGGGAGGUGGAGCAACUGAGCGUAGCAAUUUUCAGCAGCUGAUUUCUAGUACUCUAGUGUUUGUAAACUCGUAUCUGCUUCUACAUCGCAGCAAUCGCAUCGUAAUUAUUGCCGCCCAUGCUGGCAAAAGCGCCAUGUUAUAUCCAAAUCCAGAUCACGAUGAUACUUCUGGAAAUGCAGAACAGUCUGCCAAAGUAAAUGCAGGUGUUAUGCAGCGUCUGCAGGAGUUGAGUGAUACUCCAAUGGACCCUGCCAAGCCCAAUCGAACGGCCAUCGCUGCGUCACUGUCACGGGCUCUAUGCUUCAUUAAUCGUGCUAUGAAUGAGGAACCAGACUUACGACCACGCAUCUUGGUUGUUCAGAAAUCUCCGGAUGUAUCUGAACACUACAUUGCGAUUAUGAAUGGUAUUUUCUCAGCCCAGAAGAAGAAUGUUGCAGUGGAUGCCUGUAUGCUCACGUCCGAGCAGUCCUCGUUCAUGCAACAGGCUGCGUAUCUAACGGGUGGUAUAUAUUAUAAACCCAACGAGUACAGUGGAUUGCUCCAGUACCUCAUUUCAAUCUAUUUGCCGGAUCCAUCCAUGCGUAAACUGCUAAAGCUUCCAUCGCAGGAUUCAGUGGACUUUCGUGCAAUGUGUUUUUGCCACCGCAGAGUGAUUUCAACGGCAUUUGUAUGUCCAGUAUGUCUUUCUCUAUUUUGUGAAUUUCGACCCAUUUGCUCAACGUGUGGUAUCCGAAGCCACAUUGAGCCAAAGAAGAAGAAGAUGAUGAAGGGGUUGGUCAAGAAGCGUCUACGUAUAGAUUCAUAA